AUGAGAGAUAAUCUCUACAACGUGGCAAUGUACAUUACUGGAGACAUGAGGGACUUCAGAAAGUUCAUGCAAAAGAAGCCGUUCCUGCUGCAGUUGCUGGAGUGGAGCCUGCGCGGAUUGUCCCAGGUGAUCAUGGUUGAUAACCCGCUGAGCGGGGUGCUGAUACUGGUCGCUCUCACCCUCUACAACCCCUGGUACACUCUCACCACCACUGUGGGGCUGCUGUCCUCCACCCUGACUGCACUCAUCAUUGGACAGGACAGCGCAGAUGUCUCAAAGGGAGUCCAUGGCUUCAAUGGUGCGCUGGUGGCUCUCUUGAUAGCGGUGUUCAGUGCCAUGGGGGACUGGUACUGGUGGCUCCUCCUGCCCUGCUGCUUCGCUGGUGCUUCAUGCACGUUCCUGUUCAGUGGCCUGGCCACCCUGUUACAGGGAUGGGACAUCCCGGUCAUGGUGUUCCCCUUCAACACUGCGCUGUCCCUCUACAUGUCAGCCACUGGCCCACACAACCUCUACUUCCCCCAACAGCACAUCCAGCCAGCCAUCAUGCUGGCCCACAGCAAUGUCACAGACUUGGACCUGCUCAGGCUCUUGGAGGGGGUGCCAUUGGGAGUGGGUCAGAUCUUUGCCUGUGAUGACCUGUGGGCCUGUGGAUUUAUCUUGCUCGCUGUGUUCCUCUUCUCUCCCCUGCUCUGUGUUCACGCCUUGCUGGGGUCCUGCGUGGGAAUCAUCACUGGUCUCUCUCUGGCAGUCCCCCACAGCAGGCUCUACUCCGGCAUGGCUGGGUUCAAUGGUGCUCUGGGCUGCAUGGCUAUCGGGGGCUUUUUCUUUGCCUUUAACUGGAAGACCCACCUCUUUGCCAUAACCAGCGCAUUUCUCUCGUCCUACACUGACAUGGCCCUGGUCAACAUCCUGGCCUGGGUGGGGCUGCCCGCUGGUAGCUGGGCUGCUACGCUGACGGUUGCUCUUCUCGUCCUGGUCAGCACCAGGGAACUCAGUGUCCACAGGAUCCCCUCUGACAGCGAGACCAUCCCUGAGUGCACCUGGAGGACACGCAGCACUUGGACAGGGGUGGAAAUAAAGAGCACGGACAUCUGA